AUAUUAUGUUAUGUCAUUAUUUGUUUUGUAUCUAGAAUAUUCUGCUGUAAAAAUAGUGUGUUGAUAUAACUGUGAAAAUCAGCACUUGUACCUAGUGCAUGCAAUGUCUAGGUUACCUAGGCUGUAUCUCACUACAGCUGAAGAACGAAAAUGGGAGAGAAAACUUGAAGAACAGAGCCACAGGUAUUCCGAGGAACAAAAAAUUACGGCAGCUACUUUCGAGCAUGUCGAUGAACCUCAGCCGACUGGUCGUUUCAAAGUGGAUGAUGCUAGAGCAUUGGUGAUUAAUACAGUUAUGAAAGCAACAGAAAGAAGAGAGUUUCAAAAGGAAUGCGGUAUUUUAAAGACUAAAUUAUAUGAGGGUGGAUCAGUCAAACAAGGUACAGCUGUACCUGGAUGCUUUGACAUUGACCUGGUGCUUUUCUCUAAAGAUUUGAAAUCGAUAGAUUGCAUUAAAAACAAAGGCUAUCCUGAGACACUUGAAAAAGUUGACGAGUAUUUCGAGAAACAAUUCCAAGAAAAGUAUCACUGUGAAGAUAAACAAGGAGUAACAGUGAAGUUCACAUACAAAUUGACUGAUGAUCGUAAAAUCACAGUGAAGCUAAGCUUCUCCUGCUACUGGGACCCUGGUAAGCCUGAAGAGCUUUUUGAUAUGCUUGAAACAAUCGACUCACAUGAGAUAAGAGAACUGUUCAUUCCUGGUACAUUCAAAAUGCAGUCUGACUUUAUUAAGUGCGUGGACCCUGAAAAUCACCCUAGAGGAAAUCAUAGGACCUGCCAAAACAUACAUCAUCUGAUUAAAAGGGCAAAAAAGUGGAGAAACAAACAAGAUUGGACAGUCCACACUGAACAUGGAGAUCUACAUGGCGAGCCUGGCUCCUAUCUCAUUUCCUUGCUAGUGAUCACAGCACACUUUCAUGUCGAAGAGAAGUUCGGGGAAUACGGGUCCAAAACACAGCAUUUUAGGCAGUAUACAGCCAGAGUGACUGAUGAAUUCAAGAGAAUUGUUAAGCAGAUAGGAGAAAAAGAAGACUUUGGUCCAGUGCCUUUCAAAGCUAAAGACUCUGGGCUAAAGAUGAUCCGAGAGAAGUACUCUCACCUCCUUCCUGCUCCGUGGUGGCUGAUUGACCCGGCUAAUCCUGCCAACAAUGUGUACAUCAGUGGCAUGUCUGGUUGGAGGAAGGACAAAGGAUGGCAGGAAUUUGCUACAAAGGUGGACAACAUUGACCUCACCAUAGACGUCCAGCAGCAGUAGACACUUUACAAAGUGCUGCUAUACAUAAUAAUUAUAGGAUAUUCCAACAGCUGCAUGCAUAUUUGU